CCCCCUCUUUUCAGCUCUGCUGUUUCACUUUCCGCUGUGCGUCUCAAGCUGCUUGCUCAGAUCUCCUCAACUUUGGCCAGUUCUUGAUUUGAUCUGUGACUAGUGGGGACUAAUUGGACAAAAGAGUUGUGGAAUUACUUCACUUACAGCUCCCUUCCACCUCCUCUUCCUCCUGCUCUCAUCUCAUCCAUCUCAGCCCAUGACAACAGAUCAGCCAACAUGGCUUUCUCAUCUCGCUUUUCCUUCUGGGAGCAAAAGAUCAAAGAAGAUAACAAGCCAGGAAUCAAAAGUUCAGACAGUGAAGGGCUGCCCAGCCGGGCCAAGUCAGUGCCAGCUCUAGACCCUGGCAGGGGGUUAUUCCGGGCAACAAGUCCCCCAUCAGUUUCCCCCACUGGGACAGUAGGCCGGGUCAGGAGUCCUUCCCCACCUAAAGUCAAGACACCUAUUAAAGUGCCAGAACGCUUCAAAAGCCCAGAGCCACUGUCAAAGAUGGCAGAGCAAUUUAGGGGUCCUGAACCACCACAAGCUCCUCUGAGCCCAGAGCCAAUUGUGAACAGCGAACGAGAGCAAAAUGGCAUAAUGGGCAAAAGAGUGAUCAACGGUACAACCAACAGUGAUGGAAAACUUUCAGGCAACAACCAGAUGGAUACUACAGAGGACAAGGGUCUGACACGUAAGAAAGUAGUAAAGGUGGUUCGUCGUGUUGUCAGGAAGGUCAUGCCCACAGAAGAGGACGAGGCUUCUGUGACUUCACAACCAUCAGACAAAGCUCCACAAGCAGCCAAGCCUGUUGCCGAACCAGUUAAAGCAGUGCCAGCAGCCACAUUAGCACCAGCUGCAGUCUCUAAGGCCCCCAUGUCAGGUUUCUCUUUUAAACAUGACGUCAUCAAAACUGAAGACAAAGAUGACAUCUCGCGAGGACUGUCAAACCUCAUGGUCAGAGGCAGGACAAGGGAGCCCCGCCCAAGAAUAUCCAAGGAUGAACGAGCAGAAAAAAUAGAGCUGGAGAGGAAAAAUGAGAAGAAAGAGGAAAAAGCUGUUGAGCCAGAGGAGAUAAAAGAGGAGAAGAAAGAGGAUAAAGCCACUCUAAAGCCACAGGAGGCCAAACCUGCAAGCUCUGGUCCAGUUAGACAGGAUGUCAAAUCUCCUGUGGUUGCUGUAAAGCAGGCUGGCAGCACAGCUUCUGAGCGCUUAGCUCCAGUGCCUUCCAGAUCAACUCAUUCCAGACCUGCAUCCCUCCCACAAGUUGUUGGCUUUAUCCCACCUCCCAAGUCCUCGCCCUUGUCUCCGCCUCCUGGCUUCAUACCUGCACCCAGACCAACUACUGCCAAAAAACCCACCACUACAAAUCCUCCAUCUACCACCCCAGCAGCCCAAAAAUCGUCGUCCCACCCUCCUCCAUCACGUUUCAUCCCUACUCCUAAACCCUCUCCACUUGCAACUCCUGUGAGCCCUGAUCCUCCCCAUCCCAAUCCUAGUCCACUGUCUCCCCCUCUGGGAGUCAUUCCCAUUCAUCAAACUGCCAUCAUUCAGGAAGAGGAGGAGCCGCUCAGUCCCACUGAGGAAGCGCAGAGACGCCUGAUGAGAAUCUUCAGUGCCCCACUGGAGCAGACAGUCAGUGUUUCGGCCCCCACCCCUGCGUCCCCACAGCCCCAGGGCCCCCUCCAGGUACCACAGCACUCCAGCCGUCCUCUGGGCCUUCUGGCUGGAGUUUGUACUCGAGUGACUUGUUGGAGUGGAUCAGUGGAAGAGGACCCUUUGGCCCUCCUUCAGGCAUCUCAUGCUGCAGCUCAGCAGUCUCAGGUGAAGACAGAGGAGCAGAUCGCAGCGGAGCAGGCCUGGUAUGGAUCAGAGAAAGUCUGGCUUGUCCACAAAAAUGGGUUCUCCCUGGCCACUGUGGUGAAGACAGAGGCUGCCUCCCUGCCAGAGGGCAAGGUGAAAAUCAAAUUGGAGGAUGAUGGGACAAUACUGGAGGUGGACGAAGAUGACAUAGAAAAGGCCAAUCCUCCAUCAUACAACCGAUCAGAGGACCUGGCUUCACUGCUCUAUCUGAAUGAAUCCAGUGUGAUGCACUGCCUGAGGCAGCGCUUUGGAGGCAACCUCAUCCACACCUACGCUGGACCCAAUAUGGUGGUCAUCAACCCCCUUAGUACACCCUCCAUGUACUCUGAGAAGGUGAUGCACAUGUUCAAAGGCUGUCGGCGUGAGGACACGGCACCUCAUAUCUACUCUGUGGCCCAGACUGCGUACCGCAACCUGCUCACCACCCGGCAGGAUCAGUCCAUCGUGCUGCUGGGCAAGUCAGGCAGCGGCAAGACCAUAAACUGCCAGCACCUGGUCCAGUACCUCGUCUCCAUCGCUGGCAGCACAGGCAAAAUCUUCUCUGCUGAGAAGUGGCAGGCGGUCUACACCAUCCUGGAGGCUUUUGGCAACAGCUCCACCUCUAUGAACACCAACGCCAGCCGCUUCUCCCACGUAGUGUCCCUCGACUUCGACCAGGCUGGGCAAGUGGCCUCCGCCUCCAUCCAGACCAUGCUGCUGGAGAAACUGAGGGUGAGCAGACGACCUGAGGCAGAGUCGACCUUCAACGUCUUUUACUACAUGAUGGCCGGAGCCGACAGCAGCCUGAGAACGGAGCUGCACUUCAACCACCUGGCUGAGAACAGUGCUUUUGGGAUCCUACCACAGACUAAGCCUGAGGACAAGCAGCGAGCCUCGCAGCAGUUCACCAAGCUGCAGGCAGCCAUGAAGGUGCUGGGGAUCUCUGCUGAAGAGCAGAAGGCCCUCUGGCUCAUCCUGGGGGCUGUGUACCACUUGGGGGCUGCAGGGGCAACUAAAGACGGAGAUGAAGCGGGACGUAGGCAGUUUGCUCGCCAUGAAUGGGCCCAGAAGGCGGCCUACCUGCUGGGCUGUACCUUGGAGGAGCUGUCCUCUUCUAUCUUUAAGCACCAGGCCAAAGGACUGCAGCACUCCACCUCGUUCAGAGGAGGACCGGAUGACGCUGGCCAAGGGGACAGCUCAGGCUCCAAGGUCACAGCUCUGGAAUGUUUGGAAGCCAUGGCAUCAGGACUCUACUCAGAGCUCUUUACUCUUGUCAUCUCCCUUAUUAACAGGGCUCUGAAGUCCAGUCAGCACUCUCUGUGUUCCCUGCUGAUCGUGGACACACCAGGUUUUCAGAACCCACGGCUAGCUCAGCAGCAGCGGGGAGCCACAUUUGAGGAGCUCUGCCACAACUACACCCAGGAGAGGCUGCAGACCCUGUUUCAUGAACGCACCUUUGUCCAGGAGCUGGAGAGAUACAAGGAGGAAAACAUAGAGCUUGCUUUAGAUGACAUAGAGUCCAGUACCUCACUGUCUGUAGCAGCUAUUGACCAAGCCUCAACCCAAGCUCUGGUGCGCACUCUGACCAGGACGGAUGAGGCUCGAGGUCUCCUGUGGCUGAUGGAGGAGGAGGCCGUUCAACCUGGAGGUUCAGAGGAAACCAUGCUUGAAAGACUCUUCAGCUACUAUGGCUCUGUGCAGGGAGAAAACAAAGGAGCCAGUUUGCUGCUACGAGGAGAGAGGCCCCAUCUCUUCCUGUUGGGCCACAGCCAUGGGACAGACUGGGUGGAAUACAAUGCUCAGGGCUGGCUGAGCCAUGCCAAGCACAACCCUGCCGCCCAGAAUGCUGCCACACUGCUGCAGGACUCCCAGAAGAAGAACAUUAGUGGGCUGUUUAUGGGCCGGGCCAGUGGGGCCACAGUGCUGUCAGGCUCCAUCGCUGGUCUGGAGGGCAGCUCCCAGCUCGCCCUGCGACGAGCCACCAGCAUGAGGAAAACCUUCACUACAGGUGUGGCUGCUGUCAAGAAGAAGAGCCUGUGUAUCCAGGUCAAACUCCAAGUGGAUGCUCUGAUUGAUAUGGUGCGUCGUUCCAGGGUUCACUUCGUCCACUGCCUGCUGCCCAAAGCAGAGGCAGUGGGUGGUGGAGGUGAGCCCCGUGUGACGCAUGGGGAGAGCCCUGACUCGGGCCUUAUGACUUUGGACGUGGGCCUCCUGAGAGCUCAGCUUCGAGGAUCCAAGCUGCUGGAUGCACUGCGCAUCUACAGGCAGGGAUACCCAGACCACAUGGUGUUUUCUGAGUUCCGCAGGCGCUUUGAUGUCCUGGCACCACAUCUGACCAAGAAGCAUGGCCGCCACUACAUUGUCACAGAUGAGAAGAGGGCAGUGGAGGAGCUGCUGGAGUCCUUGGAGCUGGAGAAGAGCAGCUACCACAUGGGACUGAGCAGGGUGUUCUUCAGAGCGGGGACUCUGUCCAGGCUGGAGGAGCAGCGAGAAGUUCAGACCAGGAGGAACAUUACUCUGUUCCAGGCUACCUGCAGGGGAUACCUGGCCAGACAGGCCUUCAAGAAGAGGAAGAUCCAGGAUCUGGCUAUCCGCUGCAUCCAGAAGAACAUAAAGAAGAAUCGUGGUGUUAAAGAUUGGCCAUGGUGGAAGCUCUUCACCACCGUCAGACCUCUGAUAGAGGUGCAACUCACUGAGGAACAGAUCCGCGGCAAGGACGAAGAGAUCCAGCAGCUGAAGCAGAAGCUGGAGAAGGUGGAGAAAGAAAGGAACGAGCUGAGACUCAACAGCGACCGCCUUGAGAGCCGGAUCACAGAGCUGUCGUCAGAGCUGGCUGAUGAGCGGAACACUGGGGAGUCGGCCUCCCAGCUGCUGGAGACUGAGACUUCUGAGAGACUUCGCCUUGAGAAGGACAUCAAGGACCUGCAGGCCAAGUUUGACAACAUGAAAAAGCAGAUGGAGUCCAUGGAGAUGGAGGUGAUGGAGGCUCGACUCAUCAGGGCAUCUGAACUCAAUGGAGAGAUGGAAGAUGACGACACAGGAGGAGAGUGGAGGCUGAAGUAUGAAAGAGCCAUCAGGGAGAUUGAAUUCACCAAGAAGAGACUGCAGCAGGAGUUCGAUGACAAGCUGGAGGUGGAGCAGCAGAACAAACGACAGCUGGAGAGGAGGAUCAGCGACCUGCAGGCUGACAACGAGGAGUCCCAGCGAAACAUCCAGCAGCUGAAGAAAAAAACCCAACGACUGACCGCUGAACUGCAGGACACCAAACUUCACCUGGAGGGCCAACAGAGCCGCAACCACGACCUGGAGAAGAAGCAGAGAAAGUUUGACAGUGAGUUGAGUGCAGCCCAGGAGGAGGUGCAGAGGGAGAGGAGCCUGAGGGAGAAAUUGGCCCGAGAGAAAGACAUGCUAAGCGGAGAUGCCUUCAGCCUCCGACAGCAGCUGGAGGACAAGGACCUGGAGGUGUGUGCAGUCAACCUGAAGGUGGACCAGCUGGAGGCCGAACUGCAGGACCUCAACUCGCAGGAAUCCAAGGAUGAGGCAUCCCUGGCCAAGAUGAGGAAGCAGCUUCGGGACAUGGAGGCCAAGAUGAAGGAUCAGGAGGAGGAGCUGGACGAGCAGGCUGGCACCAUCCAGAUGUUGGAGCAGGCUAAGCUUCGUCUGGAGAUGGAGAUGGAGCGUUUACGUCAGACUCAUUCCAAGGAGAUCGAAAGCAAAGAUGAUGAGGUGGAGGAGAUCAGGCAGUCCUGUAGCAAAAAGCUGAAGCAGAUGGAAGUCCAGCUUGAAGAAGAAUACGAUGAGAAGCAGAAGGUGUUGAAAGAGAAGAGAGAGCUGGAGUCAAAGCUUCUGUCUGCACAGGACAAGGUGAGAAGUGGUGACAUAGAGACUGAAAAGCGUUUGAGGAAGGACCUGAAGAGAACCAAGGCUCUGCUGGCUGACGCUCAGAUCAUGUUGGACCACAUAAAGAACAACGCACCCAGCAAGAGGGAGAUCGCCCAGCUCAAAAACCAGCUGGAGGAGUCUGAGUUUACCUGUGCGGCUGCUGUUAAAGCUCGUAAGUCCAUGGAGGUGGAGAUAGAAGAUCUGCACGUUCAGAUGGAGGACAUCUCCAAAACAAAACAGGCGCUGGAGGAGCAGCUGAGUCGUCUGCAGAGAGAGAAGAAUGACCUGCAGUCCAGGAUGGAGGAGGACCAGGAGGACCUCAAUGAGCUCAUGAAGAAGCACAAGGCUGCUGUGGCUCAGUCAGCCCAGAACCUGGCUCAGAUCAGUGACCUACAAGCCCAGCUGGAGGAGGCCCUCAAGGAGAAGCAGGAUGUUCAGGAGAAGAUGCAAGCCCUCCAGAGCCAGCUGGAGUUCCAGGAGCAGUCCAUGGUAGAGAAAUCCCUUGUCAGCCGGCAGGAGGCCAAGAUCCGGGAGCUGGAGAGCAAGCUGGAGUUUGAGAAGACCCAGGUCAAACGGCUGGAGAGCCUUGUAGCUCGUCUUAAGGAGAACUUAGAGAAGCUGACAGAGGAGCGAGACCAGCGCAGCAGCAGCGAGAAUCGAGAGAAGGAACAGAACAAACGGCUGCAGAGACAGAUCCGCGACGUCAAAGAGGAGAUGGGUGAACUGGCCAAAAAGGAAGCCGAGGCCAGCCGCAAAAAACACGAGCUGGAAAUGGACAUUGAGAGCUUAGAGGCUGCUAAUCAGAGCCUGCAGGCAGACCUCAAACUGGCCUUCAAAAGGAUCGGUGACCUCCAGGCAGCCAUUGAGGACGAGAUGGAGAGUGACGACAAUGAAGACCUUAUCAACAGUUUGCAAGACAUGGUGACAAAGUAUCAGAAAAGACAGAACAGAGCUCCGGGGGGUUCAGACACAGACUCUGAGGUGGAGGAUCGUGUGGAUGGGGUGAAGUCCUGGUUGUCUAAAAGCAAAGGUUCCACCAAGAACCUCUCAGAUGACGGCAGCCUCAAGAGUUCCAGCCCCACUGGCCGAAGACACUACUACUUCGAUAGAUCUGAUGAAGAGGAGGAGGAAGAAGAAAAAGAAGAAGGCGGUGCAACCCAAGGCUCUUACUACUCUCGAUACAGAUAUAGCAGCCACAUGAAAGAUGACAAUGGCGAGGACAGGUCCUAUGAGACCACAUCAUAGUCCUCGCUGUCAGCAUCCACUCUCUGAAAUGCACCCUCAUAACACUGUGACAGUAUGUCUUGCAUGCAAAGUUGACCACAACUGUGGUUACUUGGUCACAACCACUCACAGCCCUGCAGGAAAAUAUGGUCCCAACACUCAGUCAGAGCUUCCUAUGGCAGAUCCUCACCGGAUCUGGUCAUGGUUUGACAAACUACACAGUCUUUUUGACUCAUCAGUCUAACCUCAGUUCAUACACAGCAACUCGUUAUGAACAACUCCACUAUAGUGGUUGCAUGCAAGCAGCAGUUGCUUGGCUUGAGCAGCCUCCCUGUAUGGUUGUAACCGAGCCAAAGAAUUUGAGGUUGCAAUGAUAACAGAUUCUUUCUGUCUCUCUCUUUGUCUCUCUUACUCUUCCUCUCUUCUCUACAUAUAGUACACCACAAUAAUAUGUAUUGCCAUAGUACAAUGUAUUGCCAAAAAGCCUUUGUUUGUGUGUGCAGCGUUUUACUUGUUGCCAGUUGAUGCUGAGUCCUGGGAUAAGUCCCAGCCUUAUUUUUCUCUCCCCCUUCUCGCUCUUCUUUCCAUUUCGGGACUAGUGCCAUUUGAUUUAAGUAGGCUCCUCUGCAGCUGGCUUCUCUGCAGCUGUGGCAUUUCAUGAACUGCUGCGCCGUACACUGAGGACGCUUUCAUCCUCAUCUGCUCCCUUUUUGUUUGCCUGAAAAGUUUUUCUGCCUCUUGCUGGCAAAUGAUCUCUUCCUUACAGGAGAUGAUGAUUGCAUCACUAACUGCUCCACCAUAGCCGCAAAGCAUUUUUCUCCAUUUGUAUUGUUUGUUUUUGAUGUUUAUAAGAUUUGUUUCGCAGAGAGCCACUGUCAAGCAAAUUAAUUUCCAUAAGGUUUGAGUUUACCUCUGCAAAAUGCCUUGUAUUACUUAUAAUUCAACUUGAUUUGAUUGAGUACUUGCCGGAAUUCUUUAGUGAUGAAGAGAGUUUGGCUUUGUCUUUGUGCUAAUUGUUAACAUGUGGGUUGUGUUUUGUUUCACAUUUGAUGUGCUUUCCUUUUCCAGAGGGAAUGUACUUGACUUUGGGCACCAGUCAUUUGUAUGGUAUCCUCAACCAGCAUGUUCAAGGAUAAAAAUAGUGUUAAUCUGUAUUUUUCUUAUUUUCAACUAAUCACAUGGAAGGACCAUGGAGGGAGUUUUCUUGACCUUUGGGAAUAGUAUGUAUAACAAAAUAUUCUAAGCUCAAGGGUCCAUUCAGCAAGUUUUCUUGAGCUUUCAACCACAUCUCUCUGUCUUCUUGAGCAUUUGGAGUUGACUUAGGUGUCAUCACAACUCUUAGCCCUUAGCCAGUGAUACUGAACUUAUACAUGUGCUAAGGGAUGCACAAAAAUAUUGGUACAUCAUCGGUAUCAGCCAAUAUCGGCUUUGAAAUGAACUAUUAGAAGUGGCCAACAUGUUAUCUUAUUUUGCACAGUAAAUGAAUAUUACAUGCACAGAAAAGCAUUCUAUUUCAUGUCUCCAUCUGCUGGUGGGCCAUCAUGAUAAGAGUAUGUAUGCAUAAUAUGAUAAUUCCACUACAUAAGAGACCUUAUGAUCACUAAAGUUAGGUGGGGAAAAAUGUGAAUAUAAUGAUAUCCAUAUCGGUUAUUGGCCAAAUGAGAUAUCAUAUGUUGGCAUAUUGGAUGUCGGCAAAAAAUCCAAUAUCAUGCGUCCCUACGUGUCCUGUUGUCCAACUUACAGAUUGGGUAACAGGACGUGCAAUUGGUCAAGGUGACAGUGCAAGGCACGCCUGGUUGCUCUUAUACACUGAGAAGCUAUCAUUCUAACUGAUCAAUACAGAUUAAAUAUUAGAUUUUUCCCCAUGUCUCACACAUUUGGAAUCAAAAGGGACAGACCUACAGUAUCAGUCAUUAGUCUGCUCUCCCUUCAAAGGUCACCACUGUCAGGAGGAUUUGCCAUUGGUCAUUAAGUGUCAGAAUUCACCAAAGUUGAAUCCCUCUGGCAGAUGAGCUGAUCACAGUGAUCUCUUCUUGAAUUCAUGUCUUUUCAUUGGUUUUGAUGAUAAUAAGAAAAAUGCAGAAUACCACUAGCCUUCUUUAAAGCCUUAUUGUGUACUUUAACUGUAAUUUAAUGAACUGGACACACUACAGCCUGUGUAACCAAUACUGUGAAAUCAUCUUCAGUGUCUUUGAGGCCUGUUUAUUCGUCAGGUUUUCACUUUUUUUUAACCCAACGAUGCCUCGAAACAACAAAAAAAAUAGGAGCUUGCAUUUUAAUGAUUGCUUAAAUGUUAUGUCACAUGCUUUGGUCUCACAUCUGUCUGCUAUUUACUAAGUAGUGAAAGCCAUUUAAAGUCCAGAAGAGCUUGAAGAUGGGUGUUAUUCUACUAUACAUGCUUUUUGUAGAGUCGUGUCUUCAUUUUUAUUCUCUAUGCAGUCAACACAAGUGUGGAAAUGUGUUUUUUUGACCUUAUUGAUCCUGAUGGGAAAAAAAAAAAGAAAGAAAAAAAGCAGGCAUAAUAUUGCUGACUGCACACAGUAUUUAUAUAUAAAUAUGUGUAUGAUCGAUGCUAGCUUUGAAAAUAGUUCAUGUUUAUUUUCAAUAUUGAACAAAUUGACCACUUGUUAUAAAUUUUGCAUUACAGUUUAAUAUAUUGUAAAUAAAUGAUGGUGAUUGUUUUAGAA